UCUUUCUCUGCAAUUCUCUCAUUUUCUGCUUUCUCUGGCUUUAUAAAUAAUCUGCACAAUUUGGAAGCGAAUUCUAAAUCUCUCUCUGCAAUGGACUGUGCCUCCGAAGAUAGCUCCGAUAACUCUCAGCGACCACACUCACACAAGGACCAGCGAGUCUAUUUCGUUCCUCACAGGUGGUGGAAGGAUGCUCAGGAUUCAAUGCCUGCGGAUUCGGAUAAGAAGAAGGGAAUUGCGUAUGCCUCUUUUCCUGGUUCGUCCUAUGCUGGUCCCAUGAAGAUUAUCAAUACCAUCUUCAGCUCGGAUCUUGCGUUCAGUCUUCGGAGGGAGGAGGAUUUGCAGCACAGUCCAAGGACAUUUCCCUUUUGCCCCAGAACAUCUGACAUGCACUCUUCUUUUGUUAUUUUUAUAAACUUUUAA